AUGAAAAGACUUGAAAACAAAGAUCUCUCACUUGUACAUUCAAUGAUUCCCCUAGGUUCUUGUACAAUGAAAUUAAAUGCAAGUUGUGAAUUAAUUCCAAUAAGCUGGCCAAAAUUUGCUAAUAUUCACCCAUUUGUACCCACAGAACAAGCAAAAGGAUAUUUUAAAAUUUUUAAUUAUUUGGAACGUUGGUUGUGUGAACUUACUGGUUAUGAUAAAUUCUCUUUACAGCCUAAUAGUGGAGCUAAUGGUGAAUAUGCUGGUAUGUUGGCAAUUCGUAGCUAUUUCCAUUCUAAAGGAGAAAGCCAAAGAAAUAUUUGUUUAAUCCCUGUAUCUGCCCAUGGAACUAACCCAGCUACUGCACAUAUGGCUAAUUUUAAAGUUGUUCCAGUAGAAUCAGAUAAACAUGGAAAUAUUAAUUUUAAAGAUCUCUCUGAUAAAUGUGAAUAUUUUUCUAAUGAAUUAGCAUGUGCAAUGAUUACAUAUCCUUCAACUCAUGGAGUUUUUGAAUCACAAAUUAAGGAAGUUUGCAAUAAAAUACACGAACAUGGAGGUCAAGUUUAUUUGGAUGGUGCUAAUUUUAAUGCACAAGCAUGCCUUUGCCGACCUGGAGAUUAUGGAAGUGAUAUUUCCCAUUUGAAUUUACACAAAACUUUUUGUAUACCUCAUGGUGGUGGAGGACCAGGAAUGGGACCAAUUGGAGUGUAUGUUGUUAUUUUUAGAAGUUAUAGGGAAAUAUGGGGAGGGAUGGGUAGUAUUUAG